AUGGCUGCUUCCACAGUCAAGUCCUUCUCUGCUUCUCCUCACACCACACAAACUGUCUCAAGCACAGCUGCUCCUUCUAAUACUACACAGGUAGCCACAGACACAACUGUCCUCUCCAUCUCGUCCACAUCAGUCCCCAGCACAACUCCUGCUACCAAACACACUGUUGCUCUAUCUACCACAGAUGCUUCCAGAGUCACUUCCUCCUCUGCUGUUCCUGGAACACCACCCAUAGCCACAAGUAAUGCUGCCCCUUCUCACACAAGACAUGUGCCCACAGAUACCUCCAUCCUCUCCAUCUCAUCUGCUGCAGCCACCAGCACUACACCUGCUACCACAAUAACUACUACUCUCUCCACCACCCUUCUGGCUGAUGCUGUCUCUUCUCCAGACACAACUCCCAUUGCUUCCACCCCUGAUGCUGCCACAAGUACUUUAACAGCUUCCUUUAUGUUUCCUAGCACCCUAUCACCUUCUUUUGCCACCGUACGUGCACUCUCCUCAUCUACUGACAUGCAUGCUGCCAUAAGUACUCCUGUUCCGUCUCAUUCUUCAAACAGCACCACUACCACUGUUCUUCCUUCAAUCAUAUCCACAGCAGUUUCCAGAACAGCACCUGCCAUUACCAUUUCUUCUUCAGCAACCACACAGGCUGAAAAUAUUACUGCUGCUACCACCACACCCAUAUCUACUGUUAUUCUCACAUCCUCCGCAUCAUCUACCAAUACUUCAUCCAUCAACACCAGAGCUCUGAUUUCAUCCACGUCUGCAUCCCCAAUUUUUGUCACAAGUACUUCUGUCUCUUCCGUCAACUCACACAGUUUCACUACCAGAGCACUUCCCCUAAACUCAUCUACUACCACCACCAGAAAAAUCACUGCCACAACAACCCUUGCCUCCUCCCCAACCACAACACAGUCUAUAUCAACUAUGACAAAGGCUCCUAAUAAUGUAUCUACCCACACACCUACCACUGCAUCUGCCCAUGUGCCUACAACUGCAUCUACUCAUGUGCCUACAACUGCACCUACCCACAUGCCUACCACUGCAUCUACACACAAACCUACCACUGUAUCUACCCACACACCUACCACUGCAUCUACACACAAACCUACCACUGCAUCUACCCACACGCAUACCACUGUGUCUACCCACACACCUACCACUGUGUCUACCCACACACCAACCACUGCAACUACGCACACGCCUACCACUGCAUCUACCCACCGGCCUACCACUGCGUCUACACACACGCCUACCACUGUGCCUACACACAUGCCUACCACUGCGUCUACACACAUGCCUAUCACCGCGUCUAUACACACUCCUACCGCUGCAUCUACCCAUGUGCCUACCACUGUAUCUACCCACAAAUAUGCGGCUAUGUAUACCCACAUGCCUAACACUGCAUCUACUCGCACACUUACAAUUGCAUCUACCCAUGUACCUACCACUACAUCUAGUCACAAAUCCAACAUUAUGUCUACCCACAUGCCUACCAUGGUGUCUACCCAAGAACCUACCACUGAAUCUAUGCACGCACCUACCUCUUCAUCUACCCAUGCGUCUACCACUGCAUCUAACCACACUCCUAUCAAUGCAUCUACCCACACACCUAGCACUCCAUCUACACACAAAUCUACCACUGAAUCUACCCACACACCUACCACUGCAUCUACCCACACACCUGCCACUGCAUCUACCACUGUAUCUACCCUUGUGCCUACAACUGCAUCUACCCAUGCACCUACAACAGAAUCUACUCAUGUGCUUACAACUGCAUCUACUCAUGUGCCUACAACUGCAUCUACCCAUGCACCUACUAUAUCAUCUACCCAUGCACCUACCAAUACAUCAAUCCACAAUCCUGCAACUACAUCUACCCACAAAUAUACCACAGUGUCCACCCAUAUGCCUACCACUACAUCUACCACUGUAUCUACCCUUGUACCUACAACUGCAUCUACCCAUGCACCUACAAUAGCAUCUUCCCAUGUACCUACCACAAUACCUACCCUUGUGCCUACAACCACAUCUACCCAUGCACCUACCACUGCAUCUAUCCAUGCACCUAUCACUGCAUCUACCCAUGUGCCUACCAUUGCACCUACCUGUGUACCUACCACUGCACCUACCCGUGCACCUACCACUGCAUCUACCCAUGAGCCUACAACUGUAUCUACCCAGGCAUCUACAACUGUAUCUACCCAUAUGUCUACCACUGCAUCUACCCACACAACUACCACUGCAUCUACCCACACACCAACCACUGCAUCUACCCACAUACCUACCACUGUAUCUACCCUUGUGCCUACAACUGCAUCUACUCAUGCACCUACAACAGCAUCUACCCAGGCACCUACCACUGCAUCUACCCAUGCACCUACCAAUGCAUCAAUUUACAAUUCUGCAACUACAUCUACCCACAAAUAUUCCACAGUGUCCACCCAUGUGCCUAAUACUGCAUCUACCCAUGUGCCUACAACUGAAUCUACUCAUGUACCUACCAAUGCAUCUACCUCCACACCUAGCACUGCAUCUACCCACAAAUCUACCACUGUAUCUACCCAUAUGCCUACCACUGAAUCUACCCACACACCUACCACUCUAUCUACUCUUGUGCCUACAGCUGCAUCUACCCAUGCACCUACAACAGCUUCUACCCAUGUACCUACCACUGUGUAUACCCUUGUGCCUACAACUGCAUCUACCCAUGCACCUACAACAGCAUCUACCCAUGUACCUACCACUGUAUCUACCCUUGUGCCUACAACUGCAUCUACCCAUGCGCCUACCAAUGCAUCAAUCCACAAUCCUGCAACUACAUCUACCCACAAAUAUACCACAGUGUCCACCCAUAUGCCUACCACUGCAUCUACUCUUGUGCCUACAACUGCAUCUACCCACACACCUAGCACUGCCUAUACCCACAAAUCUACCACUGCUUCUACCCCUAUGCCUACCACUGAAUCUGCCCAUGCACCUACUACACCAUCUACCCAUGCACCUACCACUGCAUCUACCCACACACCUAACACUGCAUCUACCCACACACCUACCACUGCAUCUGCCCACACACCUACCACUCUGUCUACCCAUGUGCCUACAACUGCAUCUAUCCAGGCACCUACCAAUGAAUCAGACCCCAAUCCUGCAACUACACUUACCCAGAAAUAUACCACAGUGUCCACCCACAUGCCUACUACUGCAUCUACCCAUGCACCUGUAACAGCAUCUACCCACACGCCUACCACUCUAAGUGAAGGUUUUAGAAGGCAUGGGGGACAUCGUGGUGUACUGAAGAAUUUCAAGCACAGUAAACCACACCACAAACAAACUUCUUACAGUUUAUGGUUUCAUGAUGGACACCGUCUUGUAAAGAAUUCUGGGAAGCAGAACUAUUUUAAUAAACAUAAGCCAAAUAACCCUGAUAAAACGCAGUGCUCCAAAUCUGGAAAGCCACCCAACUAUGCAAGUAAAAAUGACAAAUCACACAAAAGUAGUAGUAGCAGUAGCAGCAGUAGCUCAGAAGAGAUUCCUAAUAAAGUCCCAGUUGUGAAUUCUACUACUCCUGCUGCAAAUGUGACUCCUCCAGCUCAAAAUCCUACCAGCAAACCUGAAAAUUCAUAUACAACAAAUUCUCCACCUUUAUCCUCGACCACAGCAGCACCACAGCCCUCUCCAAACGCAACAACGCCCCCCACGACCACAGCAGCACCACAGCCCUCUCCAAACGCAACAACCUACGUGCAGGAGCUAAAGAAAAAAGAUGAAAAGUCUGCCAUUACUGUUGUGCAUCUGUGCACUGAGCACUUGCUUUUUACACCACAGCCCUCUCCAAACGCAACAACGCCCCCCGCGACCACGGCAGCACCACAGCCCUCUCCAACUGCAACAACGCCCCCCGCGACCACAACAGCACCACAGCCCUCUCCAACCACAGCAGCACCACAGUCUUCCACAGCUCCACCUGACACUACAACUGCUGUGUAUCCUACAGCUACCCUUGCACCAGAUAGUUCCAAAACUACUGUUACACCCAUAAACCAAGAGAAUUCUACAGCCAUUGCUCAAACAACAGCUGUUCAACAGCAAACCGAGUCUUCCACCUCCUCCAAUGCCAAACUCAAGCAAUUAUUAGAUAGAUUCUCAGAAAUGCUUGCAACAAUUAUAGGCAUCCUGAAAGGAAAUUAA